GCCGUGUGCUCGGAGCCGAACCUACAGAAUCAUUACCACGCCAGACCUCGAGGGGUACAGACGUGUUUCUCGUUACCACAGCUCAGUCGAGUGUUCUCGCGUCGCUUUUAUACUUUCUACGUUGCACUUUGCACGCGUGUGUCAAGUCCCGUGAAAAAUCACAAGGGGAGAACAGUCGAGACGCGAAUCUCUCUCUACCGUGUGCCUGUUCCGUCGACCCUGACCGACCGUGUGCGUGAUUACAAGAGCAACCGGGAACCGACUCCGCGGAGACGGGAGCGAACGAGAUAUAUAUAUAUAUAUGUAUAUAUACACAUAUAUAUAAUAUAUAUAUAUAUAUCAUAUUCGCUGCUUCCAUUCGCGAGUCGAAGUUAUACGUUCUGUGUGAACUGCUCCGCUAGUGGCUAGAUCGGAGAUCGGCGCUCUCGCGAGCGGACUCUCCCGAGUGCAACGUGUGCCGUGCAUACACCGAGGACAUUGAACUCUGUGUCACAAAUCCGAACUGUUAUCCGUAGCUUCCGGUCGAAGGACAGCCGUCGUCGUCGUCGACGAUCCGAUAAUCGCCUCUCGACGACACGAGUCCCUGUCUCGCCCCGUCUACAGAGAGAGAAAAAGAGAGAGAGAGAGAGAGAGAGAGAGUUUUCUCCGAGUUCGAGAGUCUUCAUCUCGCAUACAGCACCUAUGGAAAUUGAUCCAUACGAGGAUCCACCGUACAGGCGCUGCAGACGACGCGAUUGAACGAAAUAAAUCGAAAGAGAGCGAGAGAUAAAGAUAUAUAUAUUCUCGGAAUCGCCGCGCCCUAGUUUCCCGUUCGAACCGCCGCGGAAAUUCGCGGGCCACGUGCGUAUUAUACGGACAAUCCGUGGCGGCUAGAGCUGGUAGCCGCGGCGACGGAACACCGGAGCGUGCGCCGUCGUAGCCGAAAGUCACGUGUGUGCCGCCGGAACGAGAAUAGGAGAGGCAGACCGCGCGUCUUAGCCAGAUCUCUUUGACUAUUCGAGAGAAAGAAAAAACGGUCGCUCUCCGUUUGUGUGUGCGAGCGAGAGAGAGAGAGAGAGAAAGAAAAAGAAUAUAUAUAUUGUAAAAGUGGUUAGUGUUUGAUCCACGGACAUACGUUGCUUCGAUUCCAGUGGGUUUCCGCUUGAAGCGAGACGGAAGAGGAGAGAGAGCCGAAGAAAAUCCCUAACUUACCAGCUGCUUACACCGCCGAGAGUAAUUAUGGCGAUCCCGUUCUCUCUGCCAUCCGACGACGACGCAGAGGCCCAGGGCCAGCAGCUGGAGCAACUGAUGCUGGAUCUGUACGCCGCGCUGCAACAGGUCCUCCGAAGCAGGACGGCCCAACAUCCGUCGCGCAACCAUCGAUUGCCGCGGCGAGCCGGCGACGGUUUCGGAUCCCGAGAACAUCCGGUGGUCCUGGUCGACUCGGACCUAUCCCGUCUCCCGCUGCCGGACUUGGUGUUGUCUGCGGUCGAGCAGGUCGAGCAGCUUCCGGCCGCGACGCCCCAGGUGACUGUGUCCGCGCCGAGCAGCCCGACGAGGGACGCUGCCUUCCAGUUUCCGGAGUGCAGCAACGACGAGGCACCGGUGCCUAGCCCGAGGCCACGGCCGCGAAGACGCAGGCUCGUCUCGGAGGGCAGCGGAGCCGUGAAGAAGGGGCCCGUCGGCGAGCUGACCUGCAACAGUUGCUGCGGCCACUUCGGCCAGGCCUUCAACGAGAGCCAGUGGGCGAGCGUGGGUGCCAACCUCAGGAACAUCGCCGACGACUUCCACGCAUCCAAGACCAAGGCCGCCGAGAUCGAGAAGUCAAGACUGCCGACGCUGAGCCCCGGUUUCGUGGGCAGCAACCCGGCGGCGAGCAACGCCGGCUCGACGGACAGCCUUCUGUCGUUGCUGAUCCCGGCGCCGUUGCGGGAAACCCUGUGGACGACGGUGGCCCUCUACCUCGGAUGGAGGCUGGUCUCCCGUCUCCGAUAGAUGUUACGAUCCCGUCGUGUCGUCGCCGCCGGCGACGAGGGCGAUGCCAGAACUCGAAGGAUGAUCGUCGACGCUUGGAACGGCACCAGGGAGAGCCUCGUGGGCGCUCUGCCGGCCGGCGAACCGGCAUCUGGUCCUUCCAGCCCGUCGGUGAUUCCUCUUCAGGGUUGCGACGCUACUGGAAGUUCUUCCGAGAUCCAAGAUGCCACGGCUAGAAGAAUUGCAGAGGGAACGUGGGGGCGUCCGUGCAGCGUCCAGCGGCGCUGCGGCGAACGUCUGCCAGCGAGUCGGGGGCCGGAACGGUGGGCCCCGCCCGGACGGUCCCCGUAGGACGACGUCCUACCCGCGACACGAUCAACACGAUCUGCAUUACGAUUACGUAUUUUCUAUGUAUGUGUGUAUUAAUUUGUCGCGAACGAGAUUGCACUUGAAAACCGUUCUCCCGGCUCUUCGAUCGUUCUUCGUUCGAUAGAAAGAGACGAAGGAUCCGAAGAACGCGCAGAAUUCGAGCGAAGCCGGCGAGAACGGGAACUUCAUCGUUCGAUCGCGGAGCCAGGGUUGCCAGAAUUACCAUUUGAUGUUUCCUAUAUUUAGCAGUGCGACGAUCGAAAGCGAUCGCGCCGGUCCGCGCAGCUCUGGCUCGAUCGGCGAUCGAGGAGCCGCGCGAUCCUCGCCGACGCGCUCCGACAGGUAUAUAUAUAUCUACCACAGUUCCAUCCAGAUCCGUCGAUUCGACGAUCCCGCGCGGUCGUCAAGAUUACGUCAAGGUUGUCGCGGACGGAUCCGCGAACGGCUUCGAGCGUUCCAGGUGCAGUCUCGAUCGCCGCGCGGCGGAUCGAGCAAGACUGUGUGUGUGUUUUGUUCGACCGUGCCUCGAUCGUUCGCCUUCCAGUCUCGCGGUUCAAGGUAAGAGAGGGGGGGGGGGUGAGGCGAGGCCUUUUUGGGCCCGAGCCAGGCGCGAAGAA